GUGAAAGAAGACGCGGUAUUAUAUUUUCUUUACACAGAUGAUAAUUAUCUGUUUGUGUUAAAUGUAGUUUUUCAACUGAUUAAUACAAUGAACGACCUCCAGUAUCUCAUCGAUAGACAAUUUGGCUUAAGCAGCCGCUAUAACUACGACAACGUGCUCAAGCGAUUGGUGGUGAACGGUGCCGAGUGUUUCUACGGACUGCAGCCUUCGAGUACGGUUCCCGUAGCCUCACUCGAUCAGCAGGACCCUCCAAUCUUUGCAUGCCGAUUCUCAGAGGCUGCCGGCUAUGAAAACAUCUUAGCCUUAGCUAAUGAAGACGGGAAAGUGGCUAUUCAGGAUACGUCAAAGAUAAGCUUCACAGGAGCUCUAGAAAGCUUCCAGUGCCACAACAAUGCCGUGUUUGACUUGGCCUGGGCGCCGCGCUCCCUUAGCUUUGUUACUGUCUCAGGAGAUCAUACAGCCAGUUUAUGGGAUGUGGCUGAGAGCACUCCAAAGCGUGUCCUCGUAUUCUCCAACCACACACGGUCAGUCAAAACAGCAGUUUUCCGCCCUAAUGAGCCCUCGGUUUUUGCAACGGGGGCUCGAGAUGGACACGUCCUUGUAUGGGACGUGAGGUGCGGGCAACCCGCUGUUGUUGUUAAACCCGACAACUGCCUCAUGAACUGCCACUCCUCGUUCACACCAAAAACACCAGGUUCACAUACUAAAAGGCCCCGCCUUGAUAACCAUAGAUCCAUCAGCAUCACUGGCCUAAUUUUUCAAGACGACAUAACCCUAAUAUCAUGCGGCGAAUGCGACGGUAACAUCAAAGUGUGGGAUUUAAGAAAGAAUUAUACUAUUUAUAAAAAAGAACCACUACCAAAACAUUCUAUACCAUAUUGUGGAAGUUCGACAAAGAAUGGUUACACAAAUCUCAUCAUAGACGAUGCUAGGAUGAGACUCUACGCCAGCUGCAUGGAUAAUGUAAUUUACUGCUUUAAUAUUUCAACGUAUAAUUCGCUACCAGAGCAAAGGUACGUCGGCCAUGAAAAUAGCACAUUUUACAUCAAAACUAGUCUUAGCCCUGACAGUAUGUAUUUAGUUUCUGGCAGUAGUGAUAAGAAUGCUUACAUUUGGAACGUAAAAUACUCUGAGCCAGUUGUAAAGUUGGUCGGGCACUGGGCCGAGGUCACGUGCCCUGCGUGGUGCCAGAAGGGUGACAUGAAGAUCGUCACUUGCAGCGACGACGCACGACACAAGAUCUGGAGAAUAGGGAAAGAGUUUGUAUCGGAUCAUGAACGAAACAUGGAACUGAAGGGGCACGCCGAGGUCGUCCCAAGGACUGACAUAACCACUCUACCAAAGUGGGGCACUCUGGACCGUACACCUAGCUCAUUAAAGCGGAAAUUGGUGACAACUCCAGGCUCAUAUAGCUCUAAACGCAUGCGUUCAGACAGUACUUCAGCAAGAAAAACUAAGAGAUGUUUAACAGAUCUGAUGAACGCUUCCAGAGAGGCAGAUGAUGCUGAAAUCCUAGUUAAGCGGUUAAAGCUGGAUAUGGUCCCUGAGGAUGACGAGCCGAAGUUGCUUCCUGCCGGCAUUAAGAGGCACAGUGAUGUGUUAGACAACACCAGUCCUGUCCACUUAUCUUUUGAUUCAUGUCAAAUGUCAAGUGAUUGGAACUAUAUAGCACCGAAAGCUGGCACUUCAUUUAUGACACCCACCAAAAACUAUGAAAAGAGAGUAUGCAGGAAACUGUCUCCAAAAUCACCUAAGACGAUCACACCACCUUCAAUGCCUAAUUGUUCACCAGUAAGCGUUUCUCCUACUAAACUUAGAAUAAUAAGUUUCAAUACUCCCACUAAAAAUUUACCUAAUUUUGUGCUUGAUGGAGAGGCUCCACAUUUAAGACUGAUGUCACCUGUCAAGAAGAAACAGGACAACACUAACUGGCUCACACGUAUCGUGCGAGAAAAAAAAGGAAGAAAUGGCAAUCUGGAAGCAAUCGAAAAAGACGUGGUUGCGCCGCUAAGUCCUAAAGAGAAUAUACCUGUUAGAAGGAAUUCUGUAACAGAAAAAACACCCAAAUCUGGCAAAAAAUCUAGAACGCUGCUGACGUACUUCUCAGUUGCCAAUAAAGACAAAUAAAGUCUUAACAUGUAUCAUACACAGAUUCUGUGAUGUAUUUUAUCACAGAGAUGUUACUUUGA